CACUUGCAGGUACAUCUACAGAAAUAUUAGUAAAAGGUUAGAAUAUAUUGAUUAGAGGUUUCAAAAUAUUUCUACUAAUCAGAAACAGUCCGUAAAUAUUACAUACAAUUAAUAACAGUGGAUAAUGUAUGUGGGUGGAUAGAUAGAAGGCAUCCUGUUUGAUAGGAGGUAUCGAGGAAGAUAGAUAACAGUUUACAAAUUUCAGUUUCCUUUGGAACAGCAAACUGUUACUUGGUAUAGAAAUUGUGCUGCAUUCAAGAAUUUUUAUAAUUAUGGCAAUUGCAUUACCUUAUCUCAUCAUUUUUUUUUGGAUACAGUGUAUGGGACAAAUAAUUGAUAUUGGUGAUAUUUGGGAAACACAAUGUCCUCAAGGAUGUUCUUGUGAAAUACAAAAAUUUUCUGAUCUGCCACUACAUCAAUGGACUAUUCCAAGAAAGUGGAGUAAUACCCCAACAGUGGAUGAAACUGAUUUUAGCUUUGACAACGAUCACAUAGGUGAUGAAUUAUUAAAAGUUGCAACAUGUGUAGUAGCAGAAGGACAUGAAAAGCUUUUAAGCAUGCUUCCUUCAGAUAUACAGGUUCUCACUAUACUUAGGUCAGGUAGAGGAGAUGCUGAAAUUUUUUUCAAAGCUACAACAUUUCAACGUUUUUCUGAAUUACUAUCUUUAACUAUUGAGGGUAUAGAUUAUAAUGACCCUUCUGUAAAAGAUGUAAAUAGAUAUGAAUCAAAAGGUGGUAUAGUUUUAGCAGGUGAUGCUUUGUUUCCAUUGGGGAUGACAUUACUAUAUUUGAACUUAGAACGUGUCAGACUAACAAGCCUUAAUUUAACAAGUAAAAAUAAAGCAAAUCUUGUAAUUAAGCCAAUGAAUUUACCUAAUGACGAAAAACUUCAUAAGGAGCAAGUAGUAACAAGUGCUACAAAUGAACACAAAGGACAUAGAUUAAUUUUCUUGAGUCAGCAAAAUAGUGGAGAAAGUGAUGACAAAGAAAUACUUCCAUAUGAUAUUUACAAACAAGAAAUGGAUGGGUAUAGAGAAAAUGUUGGUCUUUUCACCGGACUUCGUGCCCUUACACAUCUGAGGGUAUAUGACUGUGCACUUAAGGAUAUAUCUUGGCACAUGUUUGAUGGCCUUGAUAGUCUUCUCUAUCUUUCACUAGAAAAAAAUAAUCUAAGAUUUAUCCCAGAAUUUUGUUUUUAUGGAACACCAAAUCUAAAAUUAUUAUCCUUAGCAAGUAAUCAAUUACUAACAUUAAAAAGUAUAGAUUUAGCAGGCUUGUUGAUGUUGGAACAAUUAGAUUUAACUGGAAAUAAUCUUACAUUUUUAUCAGAAUUAUCUUUUCCUCCAUUCCCUGCACUUAGAAUGGCUGAUUUUGGGGAAAAUCCAAUGGAUUCUGUAUUUCCAAGUACAUUUGAAAUUAUGAACACAACAAAACAAUUAUAUCUUGGAGGCACAGGUUCUAAAUUAAAAUUGCAAAGAAACUCUCUUUUGGGAUUGCUACAAUUGAAGAUAUUACAUUUAUAUAAUGUAGAAAUACCAUUGCUAGAACGUUUUAUCUUGCAAGGAAUGCCAUCACUAACACAUUUAAAAAUACGUGGGAAUAUUUCAAGUGUGGAUUUAGAUGCAUUUUCAGAUCUUGGAAAAUUGAUAGAUUUAGAUUUAAGUUAUUGUCACAUUGAGCAUAUAUCCAUGGAUGCAUUCUAUGGUUUAGAGAAAGUAAAACGUAUAGACUUAUCUAAUAAUGAUCUGGAAUUUAUACCACCUGGAUUAUUCAGUACACAGUACCAAAAAGAACUGAAGGAAAUUAUUCUCACAAAAAAUAAAUUAACUACAUUACCCUGGGAUUUUUUUAAAACCUUAUGGACAGUAAAUAAACCAUCUCAAGUGCAAAAUAUAAAAUUAGAUGGUAAUCCAUGGGAUUGUACAUGUUCUAUGGCUACUUGGAAUCCACAUUUGGUAAAUAGAAUUAGAGAAACAGCACCACGUUGUUUCACACCUAAAAGACUACAAAAUUGGGGAGUUUUCCAUGCUCUACGUAAAGGUGGAUUGCAAUGUAAAAGAUCAAAGCGAAGGCGUAUGCAUGGAAUUCCAAAAGUAUUAAAUUAUGAAGAUAACAAUGCUAUAAGUUAGCAAAUUCUUUUUUACUUGCAUCUAAUUUAUAGUAAAUAUUCUAAAUUUGGAUAAACUAAAAAAAUACAUCAAAUAUGAUAUUUAAUAUCUACUUUUGCAAUGGUUUCAUUUAAAUUUUUCUAGAAAUGUGAUACAUAUCUGCUAAAGCAGGUUAUACACUUAGUUAUACACUACACUGUACAAAUAUAAUUAAUGUAAUUUAUCAUAUUUA